AUGGCGAACAAGGAUUUGUCAGUUGUGAUCAUUGGCGGAGGAAUGUGCGGGGUUGCUUGUGCGGUGGCUUUGCAUCGCGCGGGCUUGAAGGCGCACUUAUAUGAGGCAGCGCCCAAAUUCGAAGAGGUCGGCGCCGGUGUCGGACUUGGCCCGAACGCCGUCCACGCCUUGCAGGGCCUGGGUAUCCUCAACGAUGUCCUCUCCAAGGCUGACCCUCCGAAGUUGGCGAUGCGACCAUACACGUUCAUUUCUGGCGCUGGGGAACACGAGCACGUCUACGAUUAUGCCUUGUCGGCGGACGAGCUUGGACUCUCCAUUUAUAGGCCAGUAUUCUUAGACGCGCUAAUCCCCACCAUCGACCCUCAAUACACGCAUUUUAAUAUGCGUGCGAUUGGAGUCGCGCUGCUUCCUUCUGGAAAGCAUGUCGUUUCGUUUGAAGACGGUUCGGCAGUGGAAGCCGACCUUGUCAUUGGAUCGGAUGGAAUCAAGAGCACCAUCCGAUCCUAUGUCGCUGGACAACAUGAGCACAAACAGCUCGCUUCCGUCAAUACUGCUACUUACCGUGCAUUAGUCUCCAUCUCUGCACUGAAGAAGGAUGGGGUGAAGACGGAUCUCACGAGACCUUUGCUGUGGGUCGGCUCGGACAGGCAUUGCGUUACCUAUCCAAUUAGAGGAAACGAAUUGUUGAACGUCGGUCUUGUCAAAGUGACGUCUCGAAUCCCAUCUCCACCGGUGAAUGGACCAUGGGUGGAGUCGAUUACUCGUGAAGAACUCGAAGAGACCUUCGCCGACUGGGGCGAUGAUAUCAAGAUUAUGAUCAAGCACGUCCAGAACCCGACCAAAUGGCAUAUGCAUGUCGUCCACCCGCCGCUGGAGCACUACGUGAAGGACCGGGUCGCACUGGUGGGCGAUGCUGCUCAUGCCAUGGUGCCCCAUUUAUCCGCUGGUGUUGGGCAAGGGUUCGAAGACGUUUAUGUUCUAUAUCGUCUCUUGAUCCACCCGCAGACCAAUAGAACGAAUCUCCAGAAAAUACUCGCCGUCUAUGACUUCCUUCGACCACCACGGGCGAAUAUGGUGAUGCAACGUUCGCGUCGAAUGGGCGAGAUCUACCAGAGCUACGGGCCAGGCCGUUACAACAAGAAAGAUAUGCAGCACAACCUGCAGGGGAUGUGGGAACCAGUUUGGCAUUACAACAUCGAGGAGGCUGUUUCCAAAGAGUUGUCAAGACUCUACGAACGAACUUCAAAACUUUAG